GGCCAGUAAGACUCCCAAAACUGAACAUGGACGAAGAUUCCUCCCAGAUAAAAGGUGCCAGGACAGAAAGCUCUUGCUGCCCAUGGAGUGCCUGGGCUGGCCCACCAACUGCACUUGAAACCCAAAGGUUGUAGGCUUUCUUUCCUGGGGAAAAGGGCUGUUGUUCUCUUUUUUGAGCCCUGUGCUUAAAUUUUCAGUCCAACUCCCAAAAUUGAACAUGGACUAAGAUUCCUCCCAGAAAACAGUUCCAGGACAGAGAGCUCUUGCUGCCCAUGGGGUGCCCGGGCUGGACCACCAACUGCAACUAACAGCCAAAGGUUACAGGCUUUCUUUCUUGUGGGAAAGGGCUCUUGUUCCCUUUUUUCAGUCCUGCGCUAAAAUUGCCAGUCCCACUCUCAAAACUGAACCCGGACAAAGAUUCCUCCCAGACAAAAGGUGCCACCACAGAAAGCUCUUGCUGCUCGUGGAGUGCCCAGGCUGGCCCACCAACUGCACCAGAAAACCAGAAGGUCCUGCGUGCCCGGAGAGCUCCAUAAAGAGCCCCUUGUGCCUGAGCAGGAACGCUGGGGCAGCCGGGAAGUGCUGCACUCACUCAACACCGGGCUCCUCUUACUGCACAGCCGGCUGCCUUUCCAGGGAAUUUAGGAAAACGAGCCCAGUGUUAAGGAGACAAACACUGGUUUGGGACCCUGAGGUGCAGCGAGGAUGGAUGGAUUCAGAAAAUUUGGAAAGAUGCAGAAAAUUUGGAUGCAUUCCAACGCCAGGGGUUCAUGCGCAGGUCGGAACCUGAAGGAAUGGCUGCGGGAGCAGUUCUGCGACCACCCCCUGGAGCACUGCGAGGACACCCGGCUGCACGACGCCGCCUUCGUGGGGGACCUGCCCACCCUGCGGAGCCUGCUGCAGGACGAGAGCUUCCAGAGCCGGAUCAACGAGAAGUCGGUGUGGUGCUGCGGGUGGCUGCCCUGCACCCCCCUGCGCAUCGCGGCCACCGCCGGCCACGGGCCCUGCGUGGACUUCCUGCUGCAGAAAGGGGCCGAGAUCGACCUGGUGGACGUCAAGGGACAGACGGCCCUCUAUGUAGCCGUGGUCAACGGGCACCUGGAGUGUGCCAAGAUCCUGCUGGAAGCGGGGGCUGAUCCCAACGGCAGCCGGCACCACCGCAGCACUCCCGUGUACCACGCGGCCAGAGUGGGACGGGCAGACAUCCUGCAGGAGCUCAUCAGGUACGGCGCGGAUGUGGAUGUGAACCACCACCCACCUUCCGGGGGCCACUCCCCGCGGCCCCUCACCACGCUGGUGGUGUGCCCCCUGUACAUCAGUGCUGCCUACCACAACCUCCAGUGCUUCCAGCUGCUGCUCCGGGCCGGAGCCAACCCGGAUUUCAACUGCUGUGGGCCCAUCAACCUGCAGGGCUUCUCCAGGGGCUCCCCGGUGUGCGUGCUGGACGCCGUCCUGCGCCACGGCUGCGACGCCGCCUUCGUCCGGCUCCUCGUGGACUUUGGGGCAGAUCUCAGCCUGGUCAAGGUGGAGGCCUUGGGAAUGGAAUCCACAGGAAGGGUCAAAGUCAACCCUGAGGCUCUGGAGGUGUUCAAAGAGGCCAGGGGCCGCCCCCGGAGCCUCCUGUCCCUGUGCCGCAUCACUGUCCGGAGAACCCUCGGCAAAUCCCGCCUGGAUCUCAUCCAUAUCCUUCCAAUCCCAGACCCCAUUAAACAAUUUUUACUCCAUGAACACACUUAAAGGACAGCUGGCUGCUUCCCUGGAUGGUUUGGUUUGCUCAGUUUGCAGAAGCCAGGUGCCGAUCCCAACCCUUUCCCCACGGAGUGCACAUCAUUCCCUGCUCCUGGGAUUUUUUUGCCCUUCCGGAUUUAAGGGGCAGUGGUUCUAUGUGUCCCUCGUUUCCCCAGGGUUUUGCUGGGAAUGAGCCUGACCGAGGUGUGCGGGUGUUCCCUGAGUAAAUACAAUAUAUCCUGGAGCUGCUGGCACGAGUGGAACUCUGUCACUCCUCUGUUCCGCACUCCUGGCUCUCCCUGCUGGAGCCUUUCCUCUUCCUAUAGGAUACAAGGAAGCCUCUCUCUGCCACCAGUACUUGGCAUUUUCCUCCUGUGUGAAGUUUGUGAGUAAAAUUGGGGGUGUUUUCCUCUGUCCUCUUCUGGUGGCACAGAAAACCAGGAGUUCCCACCUCCCUUUGACUCCUGAUCCCGUGGCAUGGUCAGGGAAAGCCCUCCUGGAUCUGCCUUCCAGCUCUGUUUUGUUUGUGGAAAAGGGAGAAGAAAGGGCUUUUUGGCUUGAGUUGGGAGACUCAAAUUGGGAGAUUCUGUGCCUGGACUCCUUUGAUUCCCAGUGCCUCUUCAUGCCACAAGCUCCCAGGAAAGUGUCAUCUCCAGGGAGCCAACAGCCUUCCUCAGGAUCUCAGGGUCAGCUCCUUAAAGGCUCAGGGUCAGUGUAAAGGAAUCCCUGCCAAAAUCCCAGCGUUAGGAGGGCAGAGAUGAUGGUCCCUUGGGAUCUUGGGAAAAAGCUCAGGUGAUAGUUGCUACUUGCUUUUACUUCACUGCUUCAGGUCCUUUCUGGUCCCUGUGUUAGAAGGUGAUUUUUUGGACAGUUUUACUCUGCCAGAUGUUCUUCCCAUGCUCAUCCAGUGGGCAAAGGGGUUUCUCCAGAUGGGGCUUUAAAGAUCAUCAAAGCCCAGACUGGGUUGGGUUGGAAGGAACCUUACAGCUCAUCUCAUUCCCAAUCCCUGCCAUGGGCAGGGACACCUUCCACUAGCCCAGGUUGCUCCAAGCCCCAUCCCUAUGGAUUUACCCCACAGGCCUUGACAAAUGUUCUCUAUCCAGAGCCACAAAUAAAUGGAGGGCAGGAAAAACCCAAUCCCUGAUUAUUUCCUGUUAUUUCAAUUCCAUGACGUGGAAGACCCAGCUGCCCCUUCCAUCCUGAUUUUAGCUUAAGGUGGCAAAAGCCAAGGAUAUUCCCAAGCCCUCCCUGGGUGAGAUGGGACGGAUGUGGAGCUGUGAGCAGGUGAGGAGGCAGCAGCUUUUCCCCGUUCCCUUUCCAGCUGGUUUCGGAGCAGCUGGUUUCGGUUUUCCCGGUGCCUGCGAGUCGUGUGCUCACUUUAUGGAGGUGUUAACAUGCCUGGGAGAUGCAAACAGGUUGUAAAAGCCUCUUGGCACCUUGCUGGGGGAUCCCUAAUGUUUUGCAGGAGCACGGGAUGGCCGUGCUCCGGGAGCUCUGGUGCGGAGGGGCGGCAGUCGGGGUGGGUUGUGUUGGGGCAAAGCCAUGGAAGCUUUUUUUGGGGUGGCUUUUACCCCAAGAUUUUGAGUUGCUUUGCAAACUGGGCGCUCCUGAGUGAAGGUGUGGGGAGAGGGAAUCACAGAAGCCCAGAAUCUCUGGAGUUGGAUCCCCAAGGACCAUCCAGUGCAGCUCCUGGCCCUGCUCAGGACACCCCAGCAACCCCACCCUGGCCCCGAGAGCCUUGUCCAAGCUCUUGGUGCUAUGAGCUAUGGUGAAGUGCCCCAGUGGGAAUUCCCCCCAGGAAAUGGGGGGAAUUUAGUGAAUUUGCUGCCUGCUGUAACUCCAGUAUAAUUAAAGCUAAGCCUGGUACAGUAUUAAUUCUGAAGUCAAUCCCAAGGGUUCCCCUGACCAUGGAUUUCUUCAGGUCAAGGGAUGCUUCUCCCAGCCCAAACUUGGAGUUCAUCAAUCCCUUGGCCAUGGGCAGAAUCAGAACUUUGAAGUGCAGGACACGAUUUGCCUGGAUCAUCCAUCCAGCUUCCAUCUUAACUGAGGGAAUGUGCCUGGGAAAGGUCUGUUAAAACCUGGAUGGUCUCGCUUUUGGCUUCAAAUGGGUCCAGCUUAGGGGCAAUUCAGUAUUAAGCUGCAAGUGCCAGACUUUUCUUAUCCCUGUGGACAUUGGUUGCUGCUUAAACCCAGCCUACUUAAACCCGGCUUUGCCAAGUGGUUUAAUACACAAGAGAGCUGGAAUUUUCCUUGUAGAGAGAUAAUACUGAAUCUGAAAAUAAAUUAAUGAUAAUUAUUGGACCUCAGUGUCCUGUGGGGCCCAAACCUCCAUCCUCUGGCUGUCCCUGUGCUUUUAAACCCAGGAAACGAGAGCCUUCCAAUAUAAAAUCUGAAUAAUAUUUAGGCAUUCUGAUGUAAAUAUUAAUUAGUCAUAUUCUAAUAAUAUUUAGGUAUAUUCUAAUAAUAUUUUAGGCAUUUGUGUAUUUUCAAGCCAUAUAAACAGAACCAAAGCAGAUCUGAAAUAAACCAGGCAGAUCCAAUGAUGCCUUUUUUUUCCUGUGGGCUUUCCUCUUGUCUUUAUGGCUCAGGGAAAAUUUCCAGGCCAUGGAAUGCUGGGAGCUGGGACCCAAAGAUUUCCUGCUGUUUGACAAUUUUACAAAAGGUGGAGGAAGAGCGUCCGUUGAGUUGAAGCAAUUUUUGGGUUGUUUUGGGUGGGUUUCUUUGGGCUUUGCUGCUUGUUUUUCACUCCCCGAAGUCGAGUAACAAAGCCCUUUUUACCCCGAAAAGGUGCAGCACCUUUUUAGCUUUUUGUCUUCCAGGGAGCAAAACACCAGGAGGGAACAGAGGGGACAGAAUUCCACUUCAGAAGUGCCAAUCAGUGGUUUGUUGGCUUUUCCCAGGGGAAAAAAAUCAGCCCUGUGGUGGGUCUGGAUCCACGUGGAGCCGAAUAAAGAUGUUGCAGUGCAAGAGCUUGGCUUUGGGCCUAAUUCUUUGCUUCAGGAGAUGGCUCUGGAUUUGGGACAGCCUGGAUCCUGCCGGCUUUGGAGGCUGUGGCUGCCUCCUCUCCGUGUUCUGUAGCCACUGGAGGGGGCCGGAGAACAGGGAAUGCUCCAGUGCUAGCUCCUGCCUUGCCACCCCGGGAGAUCCUGAGUUCCCUGAUUUUUCAGGAGAUCCUGAAAACUUUCCACCUGCUCCCUCGAAAGGGGCUCUUCAAACCUCUCAUUCCUGCUCCUGCCUCCUUAGUAGCUCUGGAAAUGCAGCUCCUCAGUGUCUCCUGGCAUGAAAACAGAUGGAAUUCCUCAAAAUAUUUGGAUUUUUAUAACUUAGCUUUUGUUUUUGCAGCAUUUUCAGUGGAAAACUCCCUCCAAGCUUCCGCUGCAGGAGUUCCUGCUGGUUGCUCUGUUCUUCCCAAGGAUUAGCAGGUGGAUUUUGUCCCUGUAGGUGCCCCCAGUCCAGGGCACAGUCCCUUCUUUAGGAUUCCUGCUUUUCCCAUUUGGGAAGUGUUUGUCUGCUCUGGUGCCAGCAUUCCCUCUGAAGGCAAAACCAGAGUUUCUCCCCAGCUGGAAGAAAACCAUCCAAUGGUUUGGAAUUCUGGUGGUGAAAAACAAAGCUAAACAAGCCCUAAUCCUAAAUUUUCCCAAUCCAGCCUUGAAAUUCCUCUGCCGUGGAGCAGGAGCCUCCUGGCUCUCUGGGCAUCUCCCCCCAGGCCACCCCAACUGGGUACCUCGUGGUGCAUCACAGGAUGCACCACGAGGCCUUUCCUCACCUGGGAAAGGCCUGUGUGUCUGAGCUGCCAAUCCCAGGACAAGCAAUAUGGAAUUGUUGACAGGAGUUGCAUGUUAUCCACCUGUUCCCUCAGUUAUCCCUCCAGGGCAGAGGAGCUGGAAAUUCUGGUCACCUCCCAGUGAAUUGCAGCUGUGACAGACUCACCUCUGAGCCUGUCACUGCAACAUUUUCCUUUUUAGCACGUUCAGGAGCCUUUAAGGAAGAGAAAAGAUCUCCUCUUGCACCAUGUGAUGCUCAAAUAUUUGCUCUGGGCUUUGAGAACUCACCAAAUCUCAGGCAGUGUCCAAGCAAUUCCAAGCAAGUAGGAUCCAUUAUUCCCACUGCUGGGCAAACCCCUCAUUAUUUGACUUGUUGGCAUUCCCCAUCAGCUCCUUCAUGUCUUCCCUCCCAAAGGAGGUCUUUGAUCCCUGGAAGAAGAAGAAGAAGAAGGAAAAAGGUUGUGGAGGGGAAAGAAGAAGAAAAUGGUGGAAAAGAAAAAGAAGGAAAAGGUGGUGGAAGAAAAAAGAAGAAGGAAACAGUUGUGGCUGCCCCAUCCCUGGAAGUGUCCAAGGCCAGGCUGGAUAAGGCUUGGAGCAACCUGGGAUAGUGGGAAGUGUCCCUGCCUGUGGCAGGGGGUGGCACUGGAUGGGCUUUAAGGUCCUUUCCAACCCCAACCUGCAGCCCCCAAACCCACAGUGGCCCUGGGGAGUCAUUCUCCUGCCUCCAUUUCCCUCUGCGUCCAGCACUUCCCCCCUUGUUCCGUUUUCCACCCUUCCCCACUUUUUUGGGGGGUUUUGUUGCUGGUGCUCCCAAGCCAAACAAAAUGUGCUGUUGUUUACAGGAAAGGGCUCUCUGUUUUCCCAGCAUCUGGUGUUUGUAACAGGAAUGACAGAUCUUCCCAGCAGAAAACCCUCCAGCCUGGCUGUGCCUGGCCAGGAAUCCACAUGUGCCAUCACAUCUUCAUCCCAAAAAGGUCCUGGAAAAUCCUAACCACGUAGGAAAGGGCUCAGAGUAACCUGGACUAGUGGAAGGUGUCCCAUGGCAGGGGGUCCUUAAGGUCCUUAAGAUGGUCCUUAAGGUCUCUUCCAACCCAAACCAUCCUGGGAUUCCUUGACCCGGGUCAGGGAGACAAAUAAAGGCACGAUGGAUAAGAUAGAGUGGGACAACAUUGUCACUGAUUUAUGGCUCCCCCCAGGCUUUCCAUGAGCUUUCCAAACUUCCCAGGCUGAGGUGAUCCUUGCAGUCCUCUGCAAGCUGCUGAGGGAAUUUUGGAAACUGGUUCCCAGCCAUGAGUUCCAGCUCGGCCAACUCAGCACUUGCCUUUAAUUUUAAUAAUUUGGCAACAUCCCUUUAUUUGAACAUCUUUCCAAGCCAGGGGCUGCUUUUCCUCAGAGAAAAUGAGAGUGGAAGGCUGGUAAAAUGCCUCCAGAAACUGGAAGUUAAAUUAAGAACUGGUUUUAAGAGCCCUGAGUGUGUUUAGCCCCAUGUAGUGGUGUUGGGAGCACUGGGAGCUCACGGUGCCCGUUGGAAGGUUUAGGAGGCACAGGGAAUGGGGGGAUUGUUUUGUGGGUGUUUCUGGCCUUUCUGAGCCUGUUUUUGUUUGCAGUCGGAAUGUAUUAAUAGGGGCAUCCUUUGUUUCAUUUCCCACAAAAGGCAGUUUUUACCAAAAAGUAUUUAUUUUGGAAAAUUUGGACUAUGGAGCUUUUUUGUAUCUGUGGGAGCAGCUGCUGGAAGUUUUAUCCAUUUGAUCAUCUCUUCCUACAAGGACUUUUUACAAAGGUCUGGAGGGACAGGACAAGGGGGAAUGGCUUCCUGCUGCCAGAGGGCAGGGUUAGAUGGGAUAUUGGGAAGGAAUUCUCCCUUGAGAGGGUGGGGAGAGGCUGGGAUGGAAUUCCCAGAGAAACUGCAGCUGCCCCAUCCCUGGAAGUGUCCAAGACCAGGCUGGAGCAACCUGGGCUAGUGGGAGGUGUCCCUGCCCAUGGCAUUUGCCACCUCCAGGUACUUCUUGAGCUGGAAAGGAAUUUGGCUUUAUAAUGAAUAUGUUGUAAGACUU